AGAGGUCAGUGCUUUGAUUCUCCCCAUCAACUCCAUUUCGAAGCUUAAAUCUCUGAUCUCUACCAUUUUUUUCCCUCGAAAUCUCUCUAACGAUUCCAAAUCUCACUUCUCUUGUGCAAUUGCUCCAGUUGAAUCCAUGGAUAUCGCGUCUUCCACUCUCUGUCAAGCUCACAAGAUUAAUCUCACGCGUCAACCUUCUUCUCGGGUCAACACCUGCUCCCUCGGUUCGGUCUCCGCUAUCGGAUUCUCGCUUCCGCAAAUCAGCUCUCCGUCUCUAGCUAAAUGUCUCCGGAAACAAAGCUCCUCGGGCUUCGUAAGAGCUUGCGUAGCUGUUGAACAGAAGACCCGUACAGCUAUCAUCAGAAUUGGUACAAGAGGAAGUCCUCUAGCACUUGCUCAAGCAUACGAAACACGAAAAAAGCUCCAGUCAAAACACCCGGAACUCACUGAAGAUGGAGCUAUUCACAUCGAGAUCAUCAAAACCACUGGUGAUAAGAUUCUCUCUCAGCCGCUUGCUGAUAUUGGUGGGAAAGGACUUUUCACCAAAGAAAUAGACGAGGCCUUAAUUAACGGUCAUAUCGACAUAGCUGUCCAUUCGAUGAAAGAUGUCCCAACUUAUUUACCCGAGAAGACGAUUUUACCUUGUAACCUUGUGCGCGAGGAUGUUCGAGAUGCGUUCAUAUGUUUGACUGCAGCCUCGUUAGCCGAUCUUCCAGCUGGAAGCGUUGUGGGCACAGCUUCUCUCAGGAGAAAGUCCCAGAUACUCCACAAGUAUCCUUCAUUAACUGUUGAGGAAAACUUUCGCGGUAAUGUGCAGACAAGACUAUCCAAACUUCAAGGAGGGAAGGUCCAAGCAACUCUCUUAGCACUAGCUGGUCUUAAGAGAUUGGGUAUGACAGAGAAUGUCGCGGCCAUCUUAUCUCUCGAUGAAAUGCUUCCAGCUGUAGCUCAAGGAGCAAUCGGAAUUGCCUGCAGAACUGAUGAUGAUAAAAUGGCAAAUUAUUUAGCCUCACUGAACCACGAGGAAACAAGACUAGCGGUUGCAUGCGAGAGAGCGUUUCUUGAAACGCUGGAUGGCUCAUGCCGUACUCCUAUUGCUGGAUACGCGGCCAAGGACGACCAAGGCAACUGCUUUUUCAGGGGAUUGGUUGCUUCCCCUGACGGCACUCGAGUUCUUGAGACAUCAAGAAAAGGUCCGUACGUGUUUGAGGAUAUGGUGAAGAUGGGAAAAGACGCUGGGCAAGAACUGCUUUCUCGAGCUGGUCCGGGUUUCUUUGGCAACUAAGUCAUUCGAAGAAGAAGAGGAAGAAGAAGAAGGUCUAUGACAUGGACAGAGUCUAGGAUUUAGGAGUUUUCCAACAACAUGGGGAUCUUCCUUGAAUAUCUGUUGUAACUUUUUUGAUUUCUGAGGGAAAGAUGAUAACCUUGUUUUAUUGAUUGAUUUGUUGUAUUUAGAUUAUAUUGCAAUUGUAGGCUUUUUCAUCCCACUAUGAAA